AUGUACUGCAUUGGUGUGCAUGCCACAAGAUUAAUAUGUUCCUUGUCAUCAGGGCCACUGGCGCAGUACGACUCGCUUAUGUCAGUGCGUGGCAAACAGCAUUUCUGCCGGCUGUGCCCCUACGUGGCUGAGCUCAAGUCAAGGAUGCAAAGACACCUGCGCAUACAUACUGGCGAGCGUCCCUUCAAGUGCCACCUCUGCCCUAAGGCGUUCAAUGUUGGUGCCAACUUCAAGCGGCAUAUCCGCACCCACACAGGCGAGCGCCCAUUCAAGUGUCGCUCCUGCCCGAGCACAUUCUGUGACAGUUCGAGCCUGAAGAGGCAUGUGCGCAUGCAUACAAAAGCGCGUCCCUACCAGUGCCACCUGUGCCCACGAACAUUCACUCAGAGUUUCCAUCUGACACGCCAUAUACGCUGCCACACAGGAGGAGCCCUAAAGGUCAGGGGCUUGGAGUUUUUUGUACAUCAAUCGGUUGAUCGAUUUGUUUGUUUGUCGCCUGUGGGAGCCCAGGAGCAGUACCAGUUGCUCGUGUCAAUGCGUGGCAGGCUGCAUUCCUGCCGGCUGUGCCACUAUGUUACUGAGUACAAGUCGCGCAUGGGGAAACACCUGCGCACACACACGGGAGAGCGCCCCUACAAGUGCCAUAUUUGCCCGAGCACAUUCACUCAGAGUGGCCAUCUGAAUGAGCAUGUACGCAGCCACAUAGGCGAGCGCCCCUUCAAGUGCCACCUUUGCCCGUGCAGAUUCAUUCAAAGGGGUGCCAUGAUACGACAUGUGCGAAGUCGCACAAGUGAGCGUCCCUUUUCCUGCAUGCACUGUGGUGCAUCCUUUUCGCGGAAGUACAGGCUCUCCAGCCACAUGUCCUGUCACAGAGGAACGAAGUCAUAAAGGCCAUGAUGUAUUUGUGUUCUUCGAAAUAGCCACUUGCAUAGCGCAGGUAGCCUACACAUGUACAAUCAUGGAAAUUGUAGAACGCACAUGUCUGUGCAAGUGCAGUCUGUUAUGAACCAUAUGGUCCUGUCACUUGUCUGCAUCAUCAUUAGCUACUGUAUUGAACCUGUGCAUGAUGAGACAUUGUGCAGUGAGCUGUCCUCUUGUUUUCCUUUUUUCCCUCCUCUUCAAUCAAGCGAGCGUGUCUGCUGUACCUUUCAGGAUACUGUUGCCACCCUACAUUUCUUUCUGUUUGCCUAUGUGGCGUUUAUAGCUAUUUUUAUUUUAUAAUAAUAAUGGCAGAGUUAAAUCACUGUAAGUUGUUAUUGAAACAGUUGAUGACCAGGCACUCUAUUUAACUAAUCUGCUAAGAAGUAUUCUUAAAAACACAUUAUUCUCUUUUAGCUUUCUGCUGUGAAAUAAAGCCAAGAAAGUUGUUCAAAUGUGUUGUGUAUUUUAGUGAAGCACCGGUGUUGUCCUAUACUUGUCGAAACCAAAGAUCUUUGAAUCAAGGUCCAUUUUCUAACCCAAUUUUCUUGCUUUGUAGUUAUGCAUGAAUAAAAUGAUGUCGCA